AUUUUUUUAACUAGAAUUUGAAAAACGGUGGUUGACGUAACAUUUUCAAAGCAUAUAACCUUUCUUGACUUUUCCCUUUCGUUCAUUGCCGCGUCAAAAUUAAAGGCAAGUGUCCACAAGCUGCCAAACUACAUCAUUCCACGUGCCACACAAAGGAAGCCUCUACGAACGACGUUUUUCAGACAAACACAGUGAUCCUAUUCGCUCAAGCCCCCAAAAUUGACCUUUACCCUUUCCAUCAUCAACAAAAUAUUGUAACUUCAUACUUUUAAUCCUUCUCUAAUUACCACAACAAACAGUAAUCCUCAGCAUUUAGAUCACUCCCAGAAAAAGCGAUCGUUCCAAUUCAUAAUUUUCCCAUACUCUGUAUCUGAAGCCGUUCGGAGCCAUUAUAGUAUUAUCUUCUUCAUCAGAUUUCAAAGCAAAAAUCUGGUAAUCAUCGAUCAGUACAUAAGUUCAAACAAGAAAAGAACACAGAAAAAAAACGUAACAAUUCAAAGCAGCCGGCUUCAACUUCCAGGACAAGAAAAAAGUUUUAAGACUUUUUGAUUUGUCUGUUUGUCUGCUAUAUCUCCCAUUAAACUUCCUCUUUUUUCCAUUCUUUUGGCCAUACAAAGAACGAAAACAAGAUGAAGUAUCAAGUUUUUGUGCUUACGAUUAUGGUUUCACUCUCGUUUGCUUCAGUUUCAGCUAGAUUUUUUCCAAAUAUAACAGCUAUUCCGCCUUGGCUACUCCCAAACGCUACCUCAUUCGCCCCAUGGGAUGCCUUCACGAAAUUCUCCGGUUGCCAAUCAGGCGAAAGACGAGACGGUUUGUCCAAGCUCAAACAGUACUUUAGCAACUUCGGUUACAUCCCCAACUCUCGGUCUAAUUUUAGCGACGAUUUUGAUGACGAGCUAGAAAAAGCCUUGAAAACGUACCAACAGAAUUUCAACCUUAACGUUACCGGUCAACUGGAUGAUCAGACUCUUCAACAGAUCGUACGGCCCAGAUGCGGUAACGCCGAUAUAGUUAAUGGGACGACUGCCAUGAACUCCGGUAAAUCGUCGUCGUUACACACCACCGGGCACUUCCAUACGACGGGUCAUUACACUUUCUUCCCGGGAAUGCCACGUUGGCCUGCCAACAGGCGGGACUUAACAUACGGUUUCUUACCCGGAAACGGAUUAAGAGACGAGGAAAAGGCCGUGUUUACAAGGGCCUUCGAAAAAUGGUCGGCUGUUACGCCGUUGACCUUCACGCAAACGGAUUCAUUCUUCAUCGCCGACAUCAAAAUCGCUUUUUACAGCGGAGACCACGGAGACGGAGAGCCAUUUGACGGGGUUUUAGGAACGUUGGCUCACGCGUUUUCUCCGACAAACGGGAUGUUCCAUUUGGACAAGGACGAGAACUGGGUCAUUUCGGGCGACGUCGCGAGGUCAACGCUGCCGUCGGCUGUGGAUUUGGAAUCCGUGGCUGUUCAUGAGAUCGGGCAUUUGUUAGGGCUGGGGCAUUCGUCGGUGGAAGAUGCGAUUAUGUACCCGACGAUUUCUUCGAGAACAAGGAAAGUGGAGCUGGCAAAUGAUGAUAUAGAAGGGAUUCAAUCGUUGUACGGUAGUAAUCCUAACUAUAAUGGUUCCACGACGCCAACUCCGACUACCCAGGAGAGAGAAACUAGCGCUGGUGAAGCCCGUUACUUUGGUUCACGGUGGUGCCUGGGUGUAUUCUUGGCCGUUGGAUUUGGGUCCUUAUUUUUGUAAAUUACUCAAGCACCGUUUAAUUUAUCUUCUUUGUUUAUUAUUUUUUUUCUAGCGUUUUCUUUUUUGGGUGAUAUUUAUAGAUUGCCACCUUUUACGAGGCUAG